GUGUAUGGGGAGAAGAUAGGGAUGACAAUUGGGAAAGUUCUGGAAGUGGAUCUCCUGGAUGAUGGUAUAGAGUGGGGCAAGUUUUUGAGAAUCAAGAUUGAAUUGAAGCUACAUCAAGCACUGGCUAUAGGGAGAAUGACUAGUGUGCAAGGGGAUAAAGUGUGGAUUCCCAUUAAAUACGAAAAAUUGCCAAAAGUCUAUUUUAUGUGCGGUUAUCUAGUUCAUGAAGCAGAUGGUUGCAUGUCUAAAAGUGAGAGUUUGUCUCAGCAUGCUAAAAAGACUCAACAAUUUAAUUCGUGGCUUCGUGCGGCUCCUGCUUUAAUCAAAAGGAAUUACUCUAAUGGGAAGUUUAGUAAUGGUGAUGGCGAGAAGUGGAAGAAGGGUCCAGUGUAAAGUGGGGAAUUAGAAACUGGUUCGGGGAACUAGAAUGGCGAAAAUCCAGGAUCUAAUUUAAGUUCAAAUAUGAAUUUAGAUGAGGAUGAGAGUGUUGAUUUUGUAGCAUGUACAAAUCAACAAGGGUAUGAUAUGAAGGCAGCUAGAAAUGAUAAGAGUUCCAAAGGAGUAGAAGGGUUGGAAGAUAAAAAUAGUAAACAAACAAUAGAUUUUGAGGAGGCGGUUUCGGGAGAAGUUAAACAAAAUUCAACUUUGCAAAAGAAGGAAGUAAAUAAGGAUGUAGGGCUGGGCCAGGGGUUGGGUUUGAGUCUGGAGUUAGAUCAACUUAUUGGGGCCCAAACUAUAAGUGAAAUAUGUGACAAAAGACAAUGCAAGAUGAAGGUGGCUAAUACAGGAGACGAGCCUAAGUUAUGUGCUGAGAAUAAUCUACAUGAUCAAGAUAGAAGGCCCAUGAGUACUAGAGGGGGGUGGAAAAAACGUGCUAGAGGGAAAGGUGUGGUUACUAAUAAAAAGUCUUAGACAUGGUAAAAAAGAGGGGAUUAGUCAAUGAAGAGUACGGUGGUGAUGGGGAGGCAGAUAGAAAAAGAUUAAA